UUACAAUGUUGAGAGCGUUUGCCUUUUCUGUCCUGUUUACAGCUUUGACCUUGUCCCAAGGACAUAGGGACGAUUACCUGAGGUUUCCAGAUCCCGGAAACAUUCCGAGAUACAACCAACGACCCUGUGGUCCCCGAGUCUGUGGCAAAAAUGGACGUUGUUAUCGCAGCUUUGAGAGCAUUUGUGACUUUAACGACUACAACUUGAAGAUGAUAUUCAGUGGACAAGAAUUAUUCGAAUUGACAGAACCGAUUUAUUGCCAACCGUCGCCUCCACGGACGAAGCUUGUUGAUGUCGGCUACUAUUUCAAUCACCGGAGUUUGUUAGUGGCUCAAUCGCAGCCUUCGCCCUAUUCAUCGCCUAUUCCAAGGCCCAGUUUUUCCCAAAUUCCGAAAAAUAUUGAACGUUACGACGCAUAUCCGUCAUCAGAUUCUUAUGGGCCAGCUCAAGACUAUGCACUUCCUUAUCCGGUAUGGCCAUUUAAGCGGCCCCAAGCGCCAACGAGAAAUCCCCCAGUCAGUUAUAGACCUCCUUAUUGGUACUAUCCAACAAGGCGGCCCGAGAUAAGCAAGCCAUGUUACGGAAGAACUACAACCGCCACAAAAGCUCCUGAAUCCACUACCACAACAACGGAGGCAUCUACAACGACGACUACAACUGAACCAUCAACAAAAACAAACACUGAAGCCUCCACAACAACAUCUACGGAAAGAACAACAACAUCCACAGAGCAAACAACAACUACUAAAUCUACAUCACCAUCAAUAUCUACAGAAAAAUUAACAACAACGACCGAACUCGCAACAUCAACAGAACCAGCAACAACAACUGAAUCUGCAACAAACACAGAAACUACAACAACCACAACUGCAGAUUCAGCUAAAAGCACAACCACUGAACAAUCUAAUACUACAGAAACAACAACAACCACAGAGUCCACAACAACCACAGAACCAACAACAACCACAGAACCAACAACAACCACAGAACCAACAACAACCAUAGAGCCCACAACAACCACAGGGCCCACAACAACCAUAGAGCCCACAACAACCACAGAGUCAAUUACAACUACAGAACUUGCUACAGAUACAGAUCUAACGACAACAACGACUCUCUCAACAACAACAAAAUCACAAACAUCCACGGACCCAUCAACAACAAAUCCUACAACCGAAUCUUCAACGACAACCAACAGAAGUUCCUCAUCUACAACAAUUACGACCGUAACAACAGAACCUUCAACGACCACAACGGUUUCUUCCACAACGACUACAGAAGAUCCAACAACAACGACCGUAACAACAGAACCUUCAACGACCACAACGGUUUCUUCCAAAUCGACUACAAAAGAUCCAACAACAACAACAGAAUCUUCUACGACAACUACGACCGUUCCCACCACUCUUGCCGAAUCGUCUACAGUAACAACAACCCUGAUUUCAAAAACAACGACUUCGGAACCUUCCACAACAUCUUCAACAGAUUCUUCAACUACCACAUUAACUACAGAUACAUCAACGACAACAACAUCCACUGAAUCUUCUCCAACAAUUAACCCGGCGGCUGUCAAACCUGUAACUGUUGAGGUCACCAAUGAGGACGGACAAUUAGUAGAUUUCGAAUUGGCAGCCAUGGCCGUUAAUCCGGAAACAGGGGAACCAAACUGUGCGGAGGUUACCAAUGUCCUGAUAACCACAGGAUCAAGGAUUGUAUUCCAGUUCUCUGGUUGUAUUGUGGCCAGGGUUGCCAGCAGAAUUAUCACUGAACCGACAACAACGUCCAGCACCACCGUAGCAACUACAACCCAGAACACUCCCUACUAUCAGUGGUAUGGCGGUUCAGCGGCUUACGCACAGUCCCAAUUUCUAUAUACAUAUUAGUUCGACAUAUGGUAAUUACAUUUAUAGGACAAAAUGAAGAGAUGAUACUUUUAAAAACCCGAUCCCAUUUUUAUAUAAAUAUGAUU